AUGGAUGUUGUGAAGGAGGGCUUGCUGUUUCUUCAGUGUGUUAAAUUUGGAAAGAGGAUAUGGAGGAAAGCCUGGAUGAUACUGUUUGAAUCCAGUUCUGCUGGAAUUGGCCGAAUAGAGCUGUACGACGUACGUGGCGGAGGGCCCACGUUGAAGUCCAUCGGCUUAAAGAGGGCUGAAAGGCGAGUAAUCCGUCUGUCUGACUGUCUGAGCAUUACUCCUGCCCCAGAAGAGAACUGUCCCUCCGACUGCAGUGGAUUUUACCUGAACACCUCUGAACGCACUCUCACCUUCGCAGCUCCAGCCUCUGAGGACUGGGUAUCAAUUCUCUGUCAGGUCACAUUUCAGAGAAGUAAUGAAAAUCCAGACACACGGAGAUGUCUGACAGACAAUGACCAGCCCAUGGCAGAUAAUGAACUCUACUCCUCUUGGGGUUCAGGUCAGCACCGAGUAAUAGUACAGCAAACAGAGGCUUCUGUGAAGUGUGGCAUGUCUGGUUCCUUCUUGCUGUCUCCAGAGAAGGAGGCUUUGUGUCUUUUGGACCUAAAAACUGGACAAGCUAUGUACCGUUGGCCCUACAGAUUUCUAAGGAGAUUUGGUCAAAUUAAGGAGGGAAUAACUAUUGAGGCUGGUCGUCGCUGUCAGACAGGAGAGGGUCAGUUUGUUUUCCUGUCUAAAAAUGGACCACAAAUCUACAGGGCCAUUGAGGAGGCUAUCAUGCAUCAGAGUGUUCAGGAAUUGUUAGCAAACACUGCCCCUUUGCCCAAUCAUUCUUCAGCCCCACAAGCUGCACCUAAAGCUCCAGCUGAUGUUGGGCAGCAACAGCUACCGAUUCCACCAGCAAGAAAACCUGAGAGGCCCUGUCCGGCGAUACCACGGAGGAACGUCUCCUUACCAGAUCCCCCUGUUAAAAUCCCUUUGACUGAACCUGACACUCUUUUGUAUGCUACCAUUAAGCCUACACCUAAAAAGCGUGAGAAAGCCACGUCCCCAAAGAAUCCUAACAGCCAGCAAACCUUAUCUCCACCUGUCCUUUAUAAGGGAGAGGAGAAACAGGAGUCCCUUAAAAUGAUUGCUGAGGUUGAUGAAGACAUGGAUUCUUCGGAUUAUACUAACUUGGGUCCUGAUUUUAAGCCUAGACAGGACAGUCCAAGCUCAGAAAGCGUCUAUAGCUUUGUGAUGACGCCAUCACGUCCAGAAAGGACACAGUUAGAGAAGGCCAAGGAAAACAAUGUACAGACAGACCAGUUCUCCUCCAUCUUCACUUCCGUUGUCCCUGUCAACUUCAAACAAAAACUUGCUGAAGUUCUCUCUAAAGAACUGGAAAAGAUCCCACCACCUCUUCCUCCCAGGCCAGAUGGACUGCUGGAUGAUUUGGAAUACUCUCAGAUACAGAAAUGA